UUGUCAAUUGUCAUAAAGUUUGGUUAAAUAUCGUUCAGCUGUCACGUCAGAAUUUAAUCGCCUCGGAUUUAAUCCUUCUGGCGAUUUAAUGUAGUCGUAACGACGCACAAAGCAGGUGCGAACACAUCAGGAUUCAACGUUCCCUGGACUCGACUUCGCAAGUAAAUCCAACGGGUCAUAUGACUCAAUUUUGCCAAUAGCCCAUAAUUGACGGCGAUUUAGUCUGAUUAAGGGGCAUAGUAGUGGGAUUUUCACGGGGGUGUCGACAUGCCGAGCGCUAGUCUGGUUGUUCCUAUUGUGCUAUGGGGAAAACACGCCCCCACACACUGUAUAUCCUGCAUUUAUCUAUCCAAGGACCUUAAGACAUUGGUCACAGGAUGUUACGAUGGACAAAUUUGCCUUUGGCAAGUCGAUCCAGAAACACUCAAAAUGACACCAAGGUGCUUAUUAGUGGGUCAUUCAGCACCUAUUUUAUGUUUAUCAUCAGCUUCUGCAGUCCCCGAUAAUAAUUACAUUGUAUCUAGUUCCGAAGCGGGGGAAAUGUGCACUUGGGAUUUGGUUGAUGGGAAAUGUAGGGAAUCUUCUAAAUUACAACAUGUACAUACUAAUAUUCAGUCUUACCACAUGAGCAAUUGUGAAGAUGUUAGAUUAUUCUGCAAUGGUUAUUACCCAGAAAUAGUAGUAAUGGAUCCAUUUAGUUUAGAGAUUUUAUUUACAUUAUCUUCAAGAUACCACCCAGAUUGGAUUAGCGCGUUACAUGUAAUUAGACCUGUUCGUCGUAAAGACGACGUUGUUUUGGCGAUAACAACCACAGGAAUGGUGAAAGUGUGGACGUUACUUGGGCAUGAAAAUAAACAUUGCGAGCCCAUUUACGAAAACGAAAGUAAACAAAUUGAACCGUUAAAUUCUGUUUGUUUACGUUGUUGUAUGCAAAAUCAAAGAAUUGUAUUAAUAGUUUGUAGUAAACAAUGGUUAAUAUAUGAUGCAGGUGAUUUUAGCAAAUUGUGUUCUAGUACGGCUGUGGAUGGUGAAAGGUUUAUGUCUGGUGAUUUUUUGGAUAUUGAUAGGAUAAUUGUGUGGACGGAUGCCGGGAAAGGAUAUCUUUAUAAGUUACCUACGAACAGCAUUCCUGAUAAUGCAAAUUUCCACACAAUGACACCAGAAUCUGAUAAACCAUUACUAUAUUAUGUAUUAAGCGAACAAGAUAGUAAACUUUUAUCUUGUCCCCCAGCGAUGAGAUUUUUAGUAACUCAAAGGCAGGGAGUCGUCCAUCGUUAUUUAUUAAGAGGCGAUUCUGAAGGUUACGUUCAUAUAUGGAACAUGCCAAAUAUAACGUCUUCAGAUACAAAGCAAAUGGAAAAUGGUCCAUUGCACAUGAAAGCUGCUCUUGUAACUAGCCUUACACAAGCUUGGGACGAAAUGAAUCCCACGCCUAUCGGAAUAUUAGAUCAACUUGAAAAAGCAGAUUCUUUUGCCGUUAAAUUAACUGCAAGUAUAUAUUUACCUGGUCAAAGUCGAUUAGUUGUGGGAAGAGAAGAUGGGACGAUUAUUAUAGUACCCGCUACGCAAACUAUUAUGUUACAAUUAUUACAUGGAAAUCAUCAACAAUUUGAUGAUUGGCCUAAACAUCAUAUUUUAUCCGGUCAUGGCGGACGUGUUAAUUGUUUACUCUAUCCUCAUCGUGAACAUUCAAGAUAUAACAAAAAUUUCUUGGUUUCUGGAGGUGUGGAUUUUGCCGUUUGUAUCUGGGAUUUAAAUGCCGGGCUACUUUUACAUCGAUUUUGUGUACAUGCAGGAGAAAUUACUCAGUUAUUAGUACCACCUCAUACUUGUAGUUCUAGGAUACAAAAGUGUAUAUGUUCAGUUGCUUCUGAUCAUUCGGUCACUUUACUAAGUUUAACAGAAAAGAAAUGUGUUUGCUUGGCUUCAAGACACUUAUUUCCGGUUACGACGAUAAAAUGGAGACCUUUAGAUGAUUUUAUGAUUGUUGGUUGUUCUGAUGGGACAGUUUACGUUUGGCAAAUGGAAACUGGUCAUUUAGACCGAGUUCUUCAAGGUAUAGCGGCAGAAGAAGUAUUAUAUGCUUGCGAAGAAAAUGAAACGAAUUUCUUAACGUCGUCUGAAGUUGGUUUAGCAAAUCCUGCGGUACAUUUCUUUAGAGGAUUACGCCAUCGAAAUUUAUCGGCUAUUCGUCAUGCAACUCAAAGAGGGCUUCAUCAGCUUCAACAACUGGGUGCUCAUGCAAAUAACGACGAUCCCCACAUGCAACGCAGUCAAAAUUCUCCGUUAUCGAUACAAGGAUUACGAACCAACCCGAAAGAUCCCGAAAGUCAUAUAUUAUUCUUUGAUAUCGAGGCGCUAAUUGUCGAAUUGUUAAGCGAAGAAUACUCGGCGAUGUCCCCGGGUAGUUUGGAAGCGGCGGGGCUAAUUUCGCAAGCGGAAUAUUUAAAGGUGGCAGCACUGACACAAAGCACGAGUUCGGAGGCUCAUAAAAAAAUCGCCGACUUUUUUGGAAAAGUCAAAGAUAAGGCUGAAAAUGUCGAAAGGAUAAUUAAAGAAAAAGACAAACAUGGUAUAUUAGCAAAAAUGAAAGAAGGCGCAGAAAAUGUUCAAACAAAAAUCCAAGCGAAAGCCGAAAGCGUGCUUAAACCACAAUUCGAGAAUUCAAAAGAUAGUAACGAUUUCAACUUGAAAAGCAGUAAACAUCUUUUAGCUUCAAUUGAAAAUAGUCACGGUAUGGAAAUAGCGCAAUUAUUACUUUCUUUAUUACACGCUUGGGGUAUAGAUAAUGAUCUUGAUACGGUUUGUCAAGUAAAACUUGGAUUAUUACGGCCUAUGGUACCAGUUUCUUUUGGUGUUUUAUCAAAAUCGAAUCAUAUGUCUCUGUUACUUCCCACUUGGCACACAGCCGUUCCUAUCGAUGAAGAAAAAUUAAUGGUCGAUCGUUCGUUAGCGAAUAGCUUACCUUUAGAAUUGGUUAAAAGAGAACAUUUAACCAGAGUGUUUACGUCAAGAACGCAUUGGGAACUUAGCACGACGCUUACAAGUAAUCAUUUAAUAGCUAUUAUCGCUUUAUGUCACACUUUAAUGUCGAUGAGCAACGCGACGUUUGUCCCAGAGCAAGAACGUAAUCGAAAGUUACACAGAAUGUGUUCGAGGGUGAAGUGGAGUAAACAAGAUGAGGAACACGAAGAAAUGUUUACGCAACAACAAGCUCAUAUUAAACAGGGUUGGUCUUUGUUGGCAACUUUACAUUGUGUGUUAUUACCUGAUAAGGUGGUUGGAAAUGGAUCGAAAUCUUUUAAACGUCCACAUGUUGAGAUGAUGGCAAAAAGAUGGCAACAUCAUUGUGUGGAAGUUCGCGAAGCUGCUCAAGCGCUUCUCCUGGCCGAAUUAGGACGGUUGGGUCCGAAAGGACGUAAAGUUCUUGUUGAAUCAUGGGCUCAAUUCCUUCCAUUAUAUACCCAAAGCGAAAUGAUUAAUCAGCAAUCGAAUCAAACAAAUUCCAAUCAUGUUAACAAUUCUGGUCAGAAUAAUUCACCAGAAACUGUGGAGGAUGAAGAUGAAGAAGAGGAAGAGGAACAUUUUAGGAAACCGUCCAGCAUUGCUGAAUUAAAGCGAAAACAAACUACCGCUGUUAUUUUAUUAGGAGUUAUCGGGGCAGAAUUUGGACAAGACAUAACGAACGAUAAAAAAGUUAAUGAAGAUAAAUGGAAAGGUUCGGUUGCGGAAGGGUUUGGAAACGGAAAUAGUAAUUUGGCGCGUUUAACUUCGAUGGCUCUAUCUCAUUUAUUAUUAGCAUCACCUUCUAGUAAGUUACCAGCGCAUACUCCAUUAAGGAGGGCUGCUAUAGAUCUGAUUGGACGCGGGUUUACUGUUUGGGAACCUUAUUUAGAUAUUAGUAAAAUUCUUUUAGGUUUACUAGAAUUAUGUGCAGAAGCUGAUAAAUUAGUGCCAAAUAUGACUUAUGGAUUACCAUUGACACCACAUGUUGAUUCAUGUCGAACUGCAAGACAUGCUUUGGUUUUAAUAGCGACAGCUAGACCGGCUGCUUUUAUAACAACAAUGGCUAGAGAAGUAGCCAGAUAUAAUGCGAUGCAACAAAAUGCGCAGACCCUUAAUGUUAACAUGAAUAAUACUGUUUUACAUAAAGCUAAACCAGAAAUAUUACGUUGUGUGGAAAUGCUUAUAGAUAAAUUACCCAUAGAGAUGACUGAUUUAUUAGUAGAAUUAAUGGAUAUAAUUUUGCAUUGCUUAGAUCCAGGCCACUUAAAAUCUAAAACUCUUCAAGAGGUCUUUCCAGUUAUUUGUAAAUUUAACCAAUUAUCACAUUGUUUUACAACAAGACGGAUAGCAGUUGGUGCAUCAAAUGGAACAUUAACAAUUUACGAACUAAGGCAAGCGAAAUGUACAACAAUAUCCGCUCAUUCAUCUCCAAUAACAGCUUGUUGCUUCAGCCCUGAUGGAAAAUACUUAGUCAGUUAUGCUUGUGGAGAAAAUAAACUUUGUUUUUGGCAAAGCAGUACAGGCAUGUUUGGACUUGGAACAGCUCAAACACGUUGUAUAAAAUCGUACAGUACAGCUCCAAUAGCAGACGUUUCAAGAUUAAACCCAAUGCGUUUAGCUAAAUUGGUUUGGAUCAAUAAUCGAAUGGUAACAUUAAUGUUAGCGGAUGGAUCAGAAACUAGGUUCAAUGUGUAACGGCCAAUAACAAAGGAUCUUGAUCAUAAGCUUUAUAAAAAAAAAGAAAAAAACCUCUUUACUCUUCUUACCUAUCUCUUAUUAAUUAUUAAACCACAACUUGUUACUAUUGUUGUCGUUCGCCAUUGGAAAAACCCAAAAAUGUUUGAAAAAUGGUUAAUAGUGUAGGUCGUUUCUAAAUUUUUCCCGAAACUUAGAAAACUAUAAUUAUAUUGUACAGAGUUUUAAAAAGUACGUACGAUUGAGUCGCAUUAUUACAGACGUGGUUUUUCGUGUCAAGGGUGACAAUAAGUAUUAAAAUAAAACGGUGUAGAUGAAAGAAACAAAAAUAACGAAUCACAGAUUGGAAAAGAAACCAGUAUAUUAGUAGUAAAUGGUACGUUAAAUAUUUAUAAUAUAAUCACUGAAUGUUGUAUAACAUUGAAAAUCAAUUCGUGCCUGGCUUCUGGUGUAAAAAAAAUAUAUAUAUGAACAGCAAUGAAAAUAAGUUUUUGUGUAUUUCUACAGAGACUUAUUUUAAUGACUGUAUAUAAUAAUCUUUACAAAUCCUUCUAUAUACAUAUUCAAAAUGAUUGCAAGAAAAUGGGUUUUAAUUUAAGUUUUCUUUUCAUCCAAGAAAAUGGAUGAAUAAAAUGAUUUUAACUAAGCUCUUAAU